AUGGCAUGCCUCAACAAAAGGAAACAAAUCCCCUCGGCCUCCUACCCUACCCCCGACCGAGGUGCCAGCAAGAGACUCCGCAAGGACGAACCCCAGGUGACAUCGUCGCCGUCAUUGAGGAAGCAGAAGUCGGUCACCUUCACCGACGACACCAAACCGUCUGAGGAGCCUGCGAAGGCCAGUACAAACGUCGCAAGCGCCGAGAAGAAGAAAAAGAAGAAGGCGAAAAGGCCAAAGACAGGCAACGCCCGUACUACCCCUGUGGAAGGAUUCAGUCUUGAGCCAGCAUUGGCGUAUCUAAGACAGUGGAGGACUUCCCGAGAGACGUGGAAGUUCAACAAGAACCACCAGACCUUGCUAAUCAAAUACGCCUUCGACCCCAGUUCAGUCCCCUCGGCCGACAUCAGGUCGUUCUACGCAUACAUCCGUGACCUCAAAGGCUUCGUGAGGACGAGAUUGCGCGAAACGGCCGAGGAGAUCAAGAAAAAGGACAUGGAGGAAGGGCCGGGGGGGUUUCCAGGCAGUGCGGAGGACAAGGCGGGCAAGCAACAGCAAUACGACGAGAUCCUCGGCAGACUAUUGCAACAGCAGAGAGACAAUGGCAGUUCGGCGAGCUUUGACGAGGUCGACUUUGUUAUGCGCACGGCAGACGACGACGUGAAGCGUAGAGUGUUGAAGCGCAUGCGCGCAGAAAUGGUGGUCGACGAGCUGUCAGACGCUGGAGAGAGCUCAACAUCAACAGGUGCAAGCACGACUGCCACUGAGUCGUCCAGUCAGGAGACCGGCGACAACGCCACUGAGAAGAGAGUUAAGCUGAACGACGGAUCACAGCGAAGCAUCCGUCGGAAGCGAAAGCUGCGGACUGCUGAUGAUGACAGCAGCUCAUCAGACUCUGAUUCGGAAUCUGACUCUGAUGAGAGCAGUAGCAGCAGUAGCAGUUCUUCUGGGGACUCGGAUGAUGAGAUGGAUAUGGCGCCCGUUCAGGGCGAAGUCGAAACAUCCUCUAGUAGCUCCUCAUCGUCUUCCUCGGGGUCUGAUGCCGAAUCUGGGUCAGAGGUCGACACCGACGAGGAGGAUUCCGACGCUGAAGAAAGUGAAAGCGAAAGCGACUGA